GCUCCCCAGCCUGGUCGGCCGAUCGCCAGCCGCUGAGAGUUUGCCGAGCCGCCCCCUGGGGCCCCGCGCCGCCGAGUCCCGCUAAGGCGAAGACGCAAGCAGGCCGGGGAGAGCGCGGAAGAAAAACAAGCGGGCGCGCCGCGGAAGCCCCAGGAGGGCGGCCGGGCGGCGGCGGGCGGCGGGCGGCGGACGGGGCGGGCGGGCGCCGACAGCCUGGGGGAGCGCGCACCGGAAAGUUCGGCCCCGGCGGCGGCGCGCGCCUGCCUGGCGGCGCGCCGGGAGACGAACUUGCCCUCUCCGCGCGGCUCGAGCGGCGAGCGUUUCCCAACGAGAGCGGGCCCAGCGCGCCGCGGCCAGGGGUGGGGAGCGAGGCGGCUGGCGGGGGGCGCCGAGGGAGCGCGGCCGCCUCGGGCCCCCAUGCCGGCGGCCAACAUGCUGGAGAACCUGCAGCCGCCCGCCCUGCAGGUGCCCGAGCCCCAGGGCGCGCCCGAGGGCAGCCCGCUCUGGUCCAGCUCGUCGACCCCCACGCUCCGCCGCCGGCGCUUCAAGAUGCGCCGCAUGAAGAACGUGCAGGAGCAGAGCCUGGAGGCCGGGCUGACCCGGGACCUGCCCGGCGUCCUGGCCCCGGGCAAGGAGUUCCUGCAGCUGCCGUCCAUCGAGAUCACGCCCUCCAGCGACGAGGACACCCCCUGGUCCAACUGCUCCACACCCAGCGCUUCUCCGCGCCGAAAGCGCUUCCUCCUCCGCAAGUGGCUCAGGGUGAGGGAGCGAAAGGAGUGCAGUGAAAGCAGCAGCCAACAGAGCAGCCAGCAGAGCAGCCACGACGAUGAUUCCAGCAGGUUCCUGAGUCCCAGAGUGCGGGAGGAAAGCACUGCCAGUAACUCAAACCGCAGCACGCCGGCCUGCUCCCCCAUCCUCCGCAAACGGUCUCGCUCACCAACCCCGCAGAGCCCGGACGGAGACGCCAUGGUGGAGAAGGGCUCCGAUCACUCCUCGGACAAGUCCCCGUCCACGCCGGAGCAGGGUGUGCAGCGCAGCUGCUCCUCACAGUCUGGCCGGAGUGGUGGCAAAAAUUCCAAGGUACGGGUGGCCUUUGCCAGAUGUUUGCAGGCGAAGACUGUGACUGUAGCUCCCUCAGCAGGGCAACAGUUGGUUAAAAGCCAGAGUUGGUAUAAUGUGUUAAGCCCAACUUACAAGCAGAGAAAUGAAGACUUCCGAAAGCUCUUUAAGCAACUUCCAGACACGGAGCGUCUCAUUGUUGAUUACUCAUGUGCACUCCAAAGAGACAUUCUUCUUCAGGGCCGACUCUACCUCUCUGAAAAUUGGAUCUGCUUCUACAGCAACAUCUUCCGCUGGGAAACUCUGCUGACGGUCCGUUUGAAAGACAUCUGCUCCAUGACUAAAGAGAAAACAGCUCGCCUCAUUCCCAAUGCCAUUCAAGUUUGCACUGACUCUGAAAAGCACUUUUUCACGUCAUUUGGGGCCCGGGACAGGACAUACAUGAUGAUGUUCCGGCUCUGGCAGAAUGCACUCCUGGAAAAGCCCCUCUGCCCCAAGGAGCUCUGGCACUUCGUUCACCAGUGCUAUGGGAAUGAACUGGGCCUUACCAGUGACGAUGAGGACUACGUGCCCCCUGAUGACGACUUCAACACGAUGGGCUACUGUGAGGAGAUCCCCGUGGAAGAGAAUGAAGUGAACGACAGCUCAUCCAAAAGCAGCAUCGAGACCAAGCCGGAUGCCAGUCCUCAGCUCCCCAAGAAGUCCAUCACCAACAGCACACUGACGUCCACAGGGAGCAGCGAGGCCCCUGUCUCGUUCGAUGGCCUGCCCCUGGAGGAGGAGGUGCUGGAGGGCGAGGGGUCCCUAGAGAAGGAGCUUGCCAUUGACAACAUCAUCGGGGAGAAGAUUGAGAUCAUCGCGCCUGUGACCUCCCCUUCGCUGGACUUCAAUGACAACGAGGACAUCCCCACUGAGCUCAGUGACUCUUCUGACACCCACGAUGAAGGGGAGGUCCAGGCCUUCUACGAGGACCUGAGUGGCCGGCAGUACGUGAAUGAGGUCUUCAACUUCAGCGUGGACAAGCUCUAUGACCUGCUGUUCACGGACUCGCCCUUCCAGCGGGACUUCAUGGAGCAGCGGCGCUUCUCCGAUAUCAUCUUCCAUCCGUGGAAGAAGGAAGAGAAUGGAAACCAGAGCCGAGUGAUCCUGUACACCAUCACCCUCACCAACCCUCUGGCUCCGAAAACUGCCACUGUCAGGGAGACGCAGACCAUGUACAAGGCGAGCCAGGAGAGCGAAUGUUACGUGAUCGACGCCGAGGUCCUCACGCACGACGUGCCCUACCACGACUACUUCUACACCAUCAACCGCUACACACUCACCCGCGUGGCUCGGAACAAGAGUCGGCUCAGGGUCUCCACAGAGCUGCGCUACCGCAAACAGCCCUGGGGCUUGGUGAAGACGUUCAUCGAGAAGAACUUCUGGAGUGGGCUGGAGGACUACUUCCGCCACCUUGAGAGUGAGCUGACCAAGACGGAGAGCACGUACCUGGCUGAGAUGCACAGACAGUCUCCCAAAGAGAAGACCAGCAAGGCCCCGGCCGUUCGGAGGAGGAAGCGUCCCCAUGCCCACCUGCGGGUGCCUCACCUGGAAGAGGUGAUGAGCCCCGUCACCACACCCACCGAUGAAGACGUGGGCCACAGGAUCAAACACGUGGCAGGUUCCACGCAGACACGGCAUAUCCCAGAGGACACCCCUAACGGUUUCCAUCUGCAGAGUGUGUCCAAGCUGCUGCUGGUUAUCAGCUGUGUUCUGGUGCUGCUGGUUGUCCUUAACAUAAUGCUCUUCUACAAACUCUGGAUGUUGGAAUACACCACCCAGACCCUCACCGCCUGGCAGGGUCUGAGGCUCCAAGAAAGGUUACCCCAGUCUCAGACAGAAUGGGCCCAGCUCUUGGAGUCCCAACAAAAGUACCACGAUACAGAGCUCCAAAAAUGGAGAGAGAUCAUCAAAUCCUCGGUAAUGCUUCUUGACCAGAUGAAGGACUCGCUCAUCAAUCUCCAGAACGGCAUCAGGUCCCGAGACUACACGUCAGAAAGUGAAGAGAAGAGGAACCGCUAUCACUGACAAGGCAGGAGCAGGGGGGGCUGCGAGAGGCCCGUGCAAUACGUGUACAUAGACCGUAUAAAUAGAUAUAUAUAAAUAUAUAUAUACAGAAUAUAAAUAUAUAUAUAUUAUAUACAGAUUUUAAAAAGAGAUAAUGCCUAUGUACCAGGGAGAAGGAGCGGGCCCGCCUCCUGUGCUGGUCGGCGGAGGGGCCGAGGAGGGCAGGGACCACCUCUCAGCACCGACCUCCCCUGAUCCUCCCCCCACCCCUGUCCCCGCCCUUCCCCUCCUGGCCCUUCCAGGCUCUGAGAAGGGAAAUGUUGUUGAGCCAAAGUCAUGCCUGUGAAGACCCUGGGGUCUCGAAGUCUCAAGGGGCUUAAGGUGCUUCAUUCCCAAAUCCCCUCUUGAUUUGUUUCCAAAAUAAAAGAGAAUCUUUUCUUCCCUACCCCAGGCUUCCCCAGGUGUUCUCUUGUGAACAGGAAGCAUCAAGGGCAAGAGCCCAGUCUAAACUCUGCCACCCAAGCCCCGCCCCCUCCCUCCCACCCCGCUGUCUAUGGACCACGCGCCCCCAGCGAGGCGGAGGGCUGGAAAGCUGGGAAGGCUGCCCCUGUGGGACUGGGCCUUGAGCUGCAGGCUCCCGAGGACACGUGUGCAGGAUGGUGUCCUCCUCCCUCACCCCUGCACCUUCCCCUGACCCCUGUAGGGUGUGGACCCAAUAAGGGCUGGGAAUUUCUUACUUUCCCACCCCCUUCCCCCUUCUCUCUGGUCUUCUCCCAGGCUGGAUCUGGGUGAAGUGUCACUUUUUAGUGCCUAAAGCCCUAUUUUUUCUCUGUGCCCUAAGAGCACAUCGUUUAUUAGCCAGGAUGGAGCAUUUUGGAUCUCGUUAAACCCCUUUCCGAGUGGUUAUGAGCCGCCAGACCUGUGGCUCUAAUUUCUUCACUUUGAGCUGAUAGUUUGAUUUCCGGGACAAGUCAGGGUGUCCUAGGGGCGUCCGGGGUUGGAGGGAGGGAGUGCCCUAGCACUGUACAAUCAGAUCAUAGGUUCACAGAGAACGCCGUAGGAGUAGUGAGCACCGAUCUCCAAGCGCUCACUUGGCUGCCAACAUCCUUUCCUUAUAAGGGAAGGACUGACUUUGAUUAAGGGAGACAAUGAAGAUACUCCGCACAGGGUAGGAGACCUAGGCUUUUGGAAGGAAUGCAUUUGGCAAAAGUGCAUUACAUUUGUGCAGGAAAAGGCCAGAGUGAGCCUCUGUGCCACGUGGAGGCCAUUCCAAAUCCCGUUCCUCAGACUUGGGAGUGGGAGCUGUGGCAGAGGAGGCAAAGCCUUCUCCAGCCUCUGGACCCAGAGAGGUACAAGACCACUCAGGAGGAGAAAGAAGACCUUUGGUUAGGAGAGUGAGUCACCCAGGGCCAGUUGGGAGUUGGCUCCCUCAGACGCGGGCAUUUAUCUGACCUUGCAGGGGCCUUCUGUGCACGAUUAGCAUUUUUCAUUCAUUUAACUGCUAUUCCUCUGUGUAAUGAUCAGAGGAAUCCUGCCAGCCCCUCGGAUCCUCGGUUGGGAAAGGAUCAUACUAGUUUGGCCGGGAAGACUCUUCCAGAUUGCUUGUUCUCCUAGGGGUCUCUUGACAUAGGAGGUCAAAGGAAAGGAGGAUUUUAUCGCUGAUCUAGCCGCAAAGAAAAGCAAGUCAUAUUCUUCUGUUGGAAUGGCCUGAGCAUCCCCCUUUGACAAUCAAAGACAGCUUUUGACUUCUCAGUCUGAGAAAUACCCUGCCUAAGGGCAGGAUGGGAAGACAAAGGAUACUUGCCUCAGGGGAGUGGGCUGAGAAUCAGCUAGAAUGGAUAUCCCUUCUCUAGGAAAGGAGAUUCCAGGGCUGGAAUCAUGCCUGUGCAAGGUGCAUGUGCCCACAGGUCACGGGGGGGUCACUCCUCAUCCUUGUCCAGGACUUGGAUCAGGAGACACUCCAGUGAUGGUCAGGGCUUGUGGGCCCCGGGCCAAAGGAGGAGGAACAGUGCAGACUGCUAGAAAUUUUCCUGCCGCAGGAUCCAGAGGCCAACAUUAUUCUCAGAAACUUUUGAAAGCAAAAGUGAUAAAUUCUCUCCUUUAUUCCAUUCAUAAUUUAAUACUUAUUUAAAUCAUCCAGUUGUUGAUGGUCCCGUGGUGGGACCUUUGGGGUGACUUCCAGUGGUUUCUCUGCUGGGAGGAAAGUGAUGUAAGGGGGCUUGGCUGCACAGAGCUGUUCGCUUUUGCUUUACCUCUUCGGCCAUCCCAGGGAGGAGGAGGUGACAGGAAGGGAGAUGCUUAGUAUAUCCGAGGAACCCUGGGGGUUUGAACCCGGGACACACUGUGUACACAUGGGGAAGGUCCCUCGGCCUACCUCAUUCCUAAGAAUCAUGGAUCUCUUGUGGGCACUCUGUUCUAAUACUGUGUUUAACUUUCAAAGCAGAAGACCCAACACCUUUAUUCACUCCUGAACAAAACCUUCUCCCCACACUCAGUAACCUGUCCAAGGAAGCGCACCUUUGCAGAUUAAGUCUGGGAGUGAAACUGAUCAGUAACAUGGCAGCUCGAGCCCAGCAGCUUGGCUCAUAGCUGUUCCUGGGAGCAUGAGAACCACAUCCUUUAUGUAAUUUCUUCCAGCCUGUGCUUUGUUUUUGUUUACGUAAGGACCCUGGUCAUGUGGGAAUCUUUCCUCGAGGAUUCCUGGGGUCACGUUUGAGAGCUUGCAUUCAAAAGAUGCUGCAGCGUCUCUGACCAGGUGGCAGUGAGCUACAGGGUCUGUCCUUCCAUUCCAGCUCCCUUGAAGGAAUUAUGGCCUUGGAGAACCCACUUACAUCUGCAACGCCUCGCUUCUCCCCUUCACCUCCCUGGGACAAGGGCAGCAGGAUCGGCAGCUUUAGAAGCUCUCUGUUAGAGCACUGGGCUAAGUUAGGAGACCUGGGCCCAAGUCCUGGCUCUGCUCAUGGACAAGUCACUUCCCUUACCUGAGUUGCUGUAUCCUCCUUUGUAACGGGAGGGGGGUUGAGCUGGACCAUCUCUAAGAUAGGUUCUAGUGUGGGCAUUGUCUUUAUUAGGCUGUGUUGGAGACUGGCAAGGUAGGGCUUUCUCAAACUUGGAGAGAACAAGCCUUCUGGGCUAGAGCUUCCUGGUAUGUAGAGUAGUAGGGCAGUGUCAGGGUUCCUGGGAAAUCCAGGAUAGUUAAACUUUCUUCUUUAUGAGCCAGCAGGACUAAGGAGGCCUAGUGAGGUAGGGAGAAGGAGAUCAGGUGUGUUGUAUUUCCCAGUAUUAAUCUAGGAGGGUGUGUCUUCCUUUGUCGCCCUAGUCUUAGUUUGGGAAGGGACUUUCUCUAAGCUAGGAGGAGGAGGAUAAUGGAAAGAAGGGCACCAUCUUGGAUUAAUAUAAGCUCAUCUUUUGUCUCUAGGCUGUGAAGCCUUUCAUCUAUCCAUCCUUCCUCCUCCUCACUAGAAGAAACACUGGAGAGAAGUCAUUCCUGGUCCUAGUACUUCUCUUUUGACUCAGUUCAAACCUUGUUGGGGUUUUGAUUAAUUGUGAAGCUUUGGCUAAAAUCCUGGGGUUGUCAUAGAGCACUGACCCUAAGAACCUGGGAUUACAGGAAGGGGGAGAGGGAUCAAGAAACCUCAAGAAGAAUGCUUUGCUAGAAAUGGCUUCUCUCCCUGUCCCUGUCCUGACACGAGCUUGGACCAUGUCUAAAAUCAUUUCUGGGCAGCAUCUCUAGGGUGAAGUCUUGGAGAAAGGACCAGGGAGAAGAAUCUUUCUGGACUGUGGUCUCAGAAGGCUGUUCUCUGUGCCAUACUAUGCUGCUGCUUUAGCUCUGCAGAACAGCCAGAGCGAGCCCCUUCCUCCCUAGGGCCCCCAGGUGGCAGGGCUGUGAUCUCCCUCCCCACACCCCCUGGACCUCACCUGCCCACUCCAGUAGGAAACUUGAGAACCUGUCUUCCUGACUCUCUCCUCCCCCCACCCCUUGUCUCUAGGCUGUGGGACAAUCAUCCCAUCCACCACUUGACAUCCUUGACCCUCAUCCCCCAAUCUCCAGCAGGCUGGCCCCCCUCCCUCCACCUCUAUGUUUUCUUCCAGAAGAUGCGUUUUUGGGUCCGAGUGGAGCGUUUUUCUGGAAGGUCGUCUCUUAACACCCCCUGCUUCCCUGAUAUGGAGCAGGAAUUUGCACAAGGUGUAGAGAGCACCCCUUCCCACCUCUCUGCCCAGCCUUGUUACCUCACUCCUGCUCCAGCCAUGGCUGUGACGGGCCCAGCCAGCUCCCUGGCUCGGUGUUGGGUGCGACAGCUCAGGGGUCAUGGGCAUUGUUCUCUGUUGUGACUUGAGGUCCUCAGCAGGCCUGGGAGCCUGGACUGGAACCUUGGCCACUGGCGGGAAGCACCUUGCCGGCCAAGAGGAGCCGAUGCCAGACGAUGUACCCAGCAUGUGAAAGAGUAAAGAAUACUGUCAUCUGUGCCCCGUGGCCUCCUUGCUUCUCACAACACAGUGAGACGCUGCAGAAACAAGAUGGCGGCCUCCGCUCCAGGCGAGACAACUGGCUCUGUCUGGGGAGUUGGCCCUGGGCUCGGGUGCCACGUGCUGAGAUUGCAUAAUGAAAGCAACCAUUUUUGCCAACAGUAGUGUGGCUCCCCACAUUUCCUUGUCCUGCACUCUAGGGCCAGACCACUCUCUGCAUGGACCAGGUCAUUUUCCCAAACCCAUGGUGCUUUUCCCCCGAUCCCCACUCAACCUAGACUCCAAGGUGGGGAGAGAUGAGUCAGAGGCCCCAGGGGCCCCUGGAUAAUCCUGACAAUGGGUGGAGUGGGUGAGGCAGAGGGAGCAGCCCCCAGCACCUGCAUGGGGCCAUAUAUGGGAAAGAACACCGGUCGACUGCAGUUGAGUUGUCUGGCCUCUGUAUUUGGAUCUAGAACUGUACUUUGCCUGGCGCUGUGCGCAAGGUCUGAAAACUUACCUGCUAUUACCUAGAACCAUACACGGCUUCCCAGCCAGAUCUUCAUGUAAAGUAGCUAGAGCCAUGGAAGUACAGUAUGAAUUAAAAGAAAAAAGUAUUGAACUA